AGUUUCAGUGACGUCACAUGAAGGGGGCGUGCCCACACGUGUCCAUCGAGUCGAGGGUUGAAGACGUGAAGCGGCUCCAGUACGGCCUUCGGCGGGUGCUGUGAACGCGAUCAUGGAAGAAGACACCCUGCUGUGGAUUCUGGUCGUGUUGUUGCUUUUGUUCUGCAGUGUGGAUGUGUGGUACUUCAUUCGAGCAGUUGCUGUGGUGACCAGGGCUUGGUUUCUGUCUCCUGUAUUUGACAUCACAGGAGAGCAAACCGUCAGCGGGUGGGUGCUUCUCCGUGACGUUGACCUUUGCCAUAUGAACAACGCCCGCUAUCUUCGUGAGUGUGACUUUGCCCGUUUCUCUUUGUAUACUCGCAAUGGGGUGUUCAAGGCUAUAAGGGCCCUUGGGGCCAACAUGGUUGUUGGGGCAACAACCAUCCGCUACCGGCGGCCAUUGUGUGUGGGUGAGGCAUUCGAGCUGCGGAGUAGAAUCGUCACUUGGGAUGACAAGUCAUUUUACGUGGAGCAGCGGUUUGUGUCCAGCAAGGAUGGAAUGGUCUCUGCCGUCAUGUACUGCAAACAGAAUGUACUGCGUAGCAGCCCCGAUAAGAUCCUGCAGCACUUGUGCAAAAGAAAGGUUGAAGUGCCAGAAUUUCCUGAAGACCUGCAGCACUGGAUCAAUUUCAUCUCUUCCAGUAGUAAAGCUCUCAGAGAGGAAAGUGGACUGGAUAAUGCAAAGAAUAAAUGAGGACUUACACAGAGCUACCGCUUUCAACGGACUGUCACACACUGGUUUACAAAAACAUUCUGAUUGACACACGUCAGAUGCUUCAAUAAUAAAAAUGUGAAUUAUACUUUGUUGUA